CAGAAUCUGUAAUUGCAUUUCCGGUAACAUGACUUGCCAUUCACAUGUUUGUGGAUCACAUGAAGAGUGCAAGGUGUUUGAUGGAGAAAGAGUUUGCUACCCUCACACAUGCUCCAUCUCAGGUGUGCCCAUCCAGCUGGGUGUGUCCGUCUGGACUGACAGUGCCUGUACAGUAAAGUGCACCUGCACCACAUCUGGCUUGUCAUGUCACAACGAAUCCUGUGAUAUUUCCCAAGUCUGUGGCUCUCUUAAUGAUUUUCACUUUACCUGCCAGUCCAUCCAGAAGGCUACUUGCAUCAUCAGUGGUGAUCCUCAUUACACAACGUUUGACGGGAAGCGGUACGACUUCCAGGGCCCCUGCACGUAUGUCCUGUCCCAGCAGUGUGAUUCAGAUCUGCCCAGCUACAGAGUAGAAGGCUCCAAUGAGCAUCGGGGCAGCUCUGCCACUUGGACACGACUGGUCAAAGUCUUUGUGUAUAAUGAAACCAUUGAGCUUGUCAAAGGACAUCGUGGUGAAGCCAAGGUCAAUGGUAUAUUUGCAACGACCCCCUUCUCCUUAACCAAUGGCGCGGUUCAUGUUUAUACAUCAGGUUUUUCAAUUGGUGUCAGUACUGACUUUGGUUUGGAGGUCUCCUAUGAUGCUCAUCAUCUUGUGAACAUCAAAGUUCCAUCCAGUUACCAGGGAGCAACAUGUGGCCUUUGUGGGAACUUUAACAAUGACCCAGAUGAUGACAUUCAACCACCAGAAGGAGAUAUUGUGAGCCCUCUUGACCUUAGUCAUAGCUGGUUGGUGCCAAAUGCUGAUGAGUCUGAAUGCAUGCCCUGUGAAGGUCAAGACUGUAGUCAUUGUUCUGAAGAUGAGAGGGCUUUAUUCAAUAAUCCUGACAACUGUGGCAUCCUUCGAGACAGAUCUGGACCUUUUGCAGCUUGUCAUGAGGUGCUUUCACCAGAGUCUUUUGUGUACAAUUGUGUGUAUGAUCUGUGUUCGGAGGGAGGGCAACAAGACAUUCUCUGUCUAGCCCUAAAUGUCUACGCCAGUCAGUGUCAAGAAAAAGGUGUACAACUACAAACAUGGAGAAGCCCCGGCUUCUGUGAAAUCAUAUGUCCAGAAAACAGCCACUUUGAGCCUCAGAGCACAGGAUGUCCAGCUACUUGUGUCAACCCUGAGUCUCAUAAUGACUGUGCACUCGCUCCCCUUGAGAGCUGCGCUUGUAAUGAAGGCUAUGUUUUGAGCGGUGCAGACUGCGUGCCUCUCCAUGAGUGUGGCUGUAACUUUGAGGGACUCUACUACCAUUCUGGACAAACCGUAAUACUUGGUCAAGACUGCAGCAGAAUCUGUAACUGCAUUUCCGGUAACAUGACUUGCCAUUCACAUGUUUGUGGAUCACAUGAAGAGUGCAAGGUGUUUGAUGGAGAAAGAGUUUGCUACCCUCACACAUGCUCCAUCUCAGGUGUGCCCAUCCAGCUGGGUGUGUCCGUCUGGACUGACAGUGCCUGUACAGUAAAGUGCACCUGCACCACAUCUGGCUUGUCAUGUCACAACGAAUCCUGUGAUAUUUCCCAAGUCUGUGGCUCUCUUAAUGAUUUUCACUUUACCUGCCAGUCCAUCCAGAAGGCUACCUGCAUCAUCAGUGGUGAUCCUCAUUACACAACGUUUGACGGGAAGCGGUACGACUUCCAGGGCCCCUGCACGUAUGUCCUGUCCCAGCAGUGUGAUUCAGAUCUGCCCAGCUACAGAGUAGAAGGCUCCAAUGAGCAUCGGGGCAGCUCUGCCACUUGGACACGACUGGUCAAAGUCUUUGUGUAUAAUGAAACCAUUGAGCUUGUCAAAGGACAUCGUGGUGAAGCCAAGGUCAAUGGUAUAUUUGCAACGACCCCCUUCUCCUUAACCAAUGGCGCGGUUCAUGUUUAUACAUCAGGUUUUUCAAUUGGUGUCAGUACUGACUUUGGUUUGGAGGUCUCCUAUGAUGCUCAUCAUCUUGUGAACAUCAAAGUUCCAUCCAGUUACCAGGGAGCAACAUGUGGCCUUUGUGGGAACUUUAACAAUGACCCAGAUGAUGACAUUCAACCACCAGAAGGAGAUAUUGUGAGCCCUCUUGACCUUAGUCAUAGCUGGUUGGUGCCAAAUGCUGAUGAGUCUGAAUGCAUGCCCUGUGAAGGUCAAGACUGUAGUAGUCAUUGUUCUGAAGAUGAGAGGGCUUUAUUCAAUAAUCCUGACAACUGUGGCAUCCUUCGAGACAGAUCUGGACCUUUUGCAGCUUGUCAUGAGGUGCUUUCACCAGAGUCUUUUGUGUACAAUUGUGUGUAUGAUCUGUGUUCGGAGGGAGGGCAACAAGACAUUCUCUGUCUAGCCCUAAAUGUCUACGCCAGUCAGUGUCAAGAAAAAGGUGUACAACUACAAACAUGGAGAAGCCCCGGCUUCUGUGAAAUCAUAUGUCCAGAAAACAGCCACUUUGAGCCUCAGAGCACAGGAUGUCCAGCUACUUGUGUCAACCCUGAGUCUCAUAAUGACUGUGCACUCGCUCCCCUUGAGAGCUGCGCUUGUAAUGAAGGCUAUGUUUUGAGCGGUGCAGACUGCGUGCCUCUCCAUGAGUGUGGCUGUAACUUUGAGGGACUCUACUACCAUUCUGGACAAACCGUAAUACUUGGUCAAGACUGCAGCAGAAUCUGUAAUUGCAUUUCCGGUAACAUGACUUGCCAUUCACAUGUUUGUGGAUCACAUGAAGAGUGCAAGGUGUUUGAUGGAGAAAGAGUUUGCUACCCUCACACAUGCUCCAUCUCAGGUGUGCCCAUCCAGCUGGGUGUGUCUGUCUGGACUGACAGUGCCUGUACAGUAAAGUGCACCUGCACCACAUCUGGCCUGUCAUGUCACAACGAAUCCUGUGAUAUUUCCCAAGUCUGUGGCUCUCUUAAUGAUUUUCACUUUACCUGCCAGUCCAUCCAGAAGGCUACUUGCAUCAUCAGUGGUGAUCCUCAUUACACAACGUUUGACGGGAAGCGGUACGACUUCCAGGGCCCCUGCACGUAUGUCCUGUCCCAGCAGUGUGAUUCAGAUCUGCCCAGCUACAGAGUAGAAGGCUCCAAUGAGCAUCGGGGCAGCUCUGCCACUUGGACACGACUGGUCAAAGUCUUUGUGUAUAAUGAAACCAUUGAGCUUGUCAAAGGACAUCGUGGUGAAGCCAAGGUCAAUGGUAUAUUUGCAACGACCCCCUUCUCCUUAACCAAUGGCGCGGUUCAUGUUUAUACAUCAGGUUUUUCAAUUGGUGUCAGUACUGACUUUGGUUUGGAGGUCUCCUAUGAUGCUCAUCAUCUUGUGAACAUCAAAGUUCCAUCCAGUUACCAGGGAGCAACAUGUGGCCUUUGUGGGAACUUUAACAAUGACCCAGAUGAUGACAUUCAACCACCAGAAGGAGAUAUUGUGAGCCCUCUUGACCUUAGUCAUAGCUGGUUGGUGCCAAAUGCUGAUGAGUCUGAAUGCAUGCCCUGUGAAGGUCAAGACUGUAGUCAUUGUUCUGAAGAUGAGAGGGCUUUAUUCAAUAAUCCUGACAACUGUGGCAUCCUUCGAGACAGAUCUGGACCUUUUGCAGCUUGUCAUGAGGUGCUUUCACCAGAGUCUUUUGUGUACAAUUGUGUGUAUGAUCUGUGUUCGGAGGGAGGGCAACAAGACAUUCUCUGUCUAGCCCUAAAUGUCUACGCCAGUCAGUGUCAAGAAAAAGGUGUACAACUACAAACAUGGAGAAGCCCCGGCUUCUGUGAAAUCAUAUGUCCAGAAAACAGCCACUUUGAGCCUCAGAGCACAGGAUGUCCAGCUACUUGUGUCAACCCUGAGUCUCAUAAUGACUGUGCACUCGCUCCCCUUGAGAGCUGCGCUUGUAAUGAAGGCUAUGUUUUGAGCGGUGCAGACUGCGUGCCUCUCCAUGAGUGUGGCUGUAACUUUGAGGGACUCUACUACCAUUCUGGACAAACCGUAAUACUUGGUCAAGACUGCAGCAGAAUCUGUAAUUGCAUUUCCGGUAACAUGACUUGCCAUUCACAUGUUUGUGGAUCACAUGAAGAGUGCAAGGUGUUUGACGGAGAAAGAGGCUGCAAACUUAAAGACAACCAUGGCACCUGUUCUGGUUCAGGUGACCCUCAUUAUGUCUCCUUUGACGGAAGACUCUACGACUUUCAGGGGACUUGUCGUUAUGUUUUGGCCACACUCUGUAAUCACACUACUGGACUGAAUAACUUUUCUGUCGAAGUACAAAAUGAGGCAUGGAGAGGUUUGACAGUUUCAGUCACGGCUGAAGUCUAUGUGAAUGUCUGGGGUGUUGACAUCCUCCUAUCAAGAAAACACAAUGGUGUUGUCAAGGUAAAUGGUAUUUGGAACAACCUUCCUCUUCAACUCUAUGGAAGCGCUGUGUCAGUUUUUGCAAGAGGACAAGACACAAUUGUCGAGACUGACUAUGGCUUGCAUGUCUCAUAUGGUGGAUAUAAAGUGUCCAUCACUGUACCCUUUUAUUACAGUGGAAAAACAUGUGGACUGUGUGGAAACUUCAAUGGAAAUCCAAUGGAUGACUUUCAGACUCCAUCAGGACUCAGUGUCAUGUCCCCAUCUGUUUUUGGGACAUCUUGGAAGGUACCAGGCAACAGUAGCUGUAAUGAUGACUGCGGUUCAUCUUGCUCACAGUGUCCUGACGAUCGUGCUGCUAAAGCCCAAUGUGACAUCAUCCGUGCAGCUGAGGGUCCUUUCAGACUAUGCCAUUUGCUGGUGGAUCCGGCUGCCUUUUUCAAUGACUGUGUGUUUGAUGUGUGUAUUGGAGGUGCAGAGCUGUUGUGCUCCUCCAUUCAGGUUUAUGUCAGUUCCUGCCAGUCUUCUGAUGUUCUCAUUUAUCCUUGGAGACAGAACACCUCUUGCCAUAUGGUAUGCCCAGCCCAUAGUCACUAUGAGCUUUGUGGCAGUGACUGUGGUCGCACUUGUGCCAGCAGCAUUGAUGUAAUAUGUGAGCAUGUUUGUUCGGAGGGUUGCUUUUGUGAUGAUGGCUUUGUCAGAAGUGGGACCAAAUGUGUCCCAGAGGAAAAUUGCGGAUGCCAACAUAAUGGCUUCUACUAUUAUGCUGGUGAAUCCUUCUGGAAAGAGGGCUGCACUCAGUAUUGUGAAUGCAUGGCUAACAACAACUUAAGCUGUACAGCCUCAAGUUGUUCCCACCAAGAAGAGUGCAGCCUCAGAGAUGGACACCUGGGCUGUUACGGAGCAAUAGAUCCUUGCGGAGAGUUGCAAUGUACUGACAAUGAAUGGUGUGGAGCAAAGGAAGGUAUUCAUGGAUGUUUCUGUAAUGAGAAUGUCCUUCAGAACACUGAAAAUUUUGAUGCAUCCAUCACUUGUGUCAGUAGUUCUGGCACUGUCUCCCUUUCCCGCUGCCUGCUCUUAGAGGCCGGGUUUCAUCCUAGUGCACUGCAUCUCAAAGAUGACUCUUGCAAAGGGUCUCUUCAAAGUGGACGCCUGGUAUUCCACUUUAAUAAUGAUGACCAGUUGUGUGGCACCAUUCUGAAGAGCAAUGGAACCCAUUUUAUAUAUGAAAAUGCCAUUCUUGGGGAUGACAGCUUGAACAUCCAACUGUUUUUCUCUUGUGUUUUUCCUCUGACUUCUGCUGUGUCAAUGGAUAUAGCUAUCAAUCCAGUAGAAAGUGCCAUAAAGAAAUUCCUUCCAUCAGGUCAGGGCCAUUAUAGGGUGAGGCUAAUUCCGUAUCAGGAUGCAGGUUUUCAGAAUCCACUGAGUGGCAACACAAAUGUAGAAAUGCAUCAGAAUGAGCAAUUGUUCAUUGAAGUGCAAACAGAGGGUAUUGAUGAGCGUGAAAUAUCAGCCGUUAUGGACAACUGUUGGGCCACACCAAUUAACGAAGCAUAUUACCCACUGCGCCAGGAUCUAAUUCUGCAAGGGUGUCCUGCAGAAAGCUCAGUGAAGAUUAUUCAAAAUGGAAACUCCACAGUAGCACGAUUCUCCUUUGAGAUUUUUUCCUUCAACAACUUUGCUUCUUUAUACCUGCACUGCCAAAUCCACCUGUGUCUUUUGGAUGUCAAUGACUGUGUUGUGCAUUGCCAUGUUAAAACCAGAGGCAGGAGAGAUGUAUCUUAUCAUGACAGUGUAAUUCUGUCACUUGGACCUCUAGUCCCCAAAGGGCAGACUUAAUGAUUGGAAUCUUAUGUUGCCAUCUACAGAGGAUAUAUCAUCUGAAUCUAAAAAUAUAAAAUAAUGAAUAGAAAAAUACUUAUUUGGUAAUUGUAAUUUUAGUCUUUUAAC